AAAGUACCCCAUGCCCACGGUUAAAUAUACUGCUGGAUCUUUAAUGUUGUGGGCCUAUUUUUCUGCUGGAGGUCCUGGACUUCUUGUUGAAACAAAGGAAUCCGCAGGAAUCUGUACAAAAUCUGUACAAAAGCGUGCGGCACCAUCUGACUUUUGUACCAAUAGACAUGGCGAACUCCAUUAACUAACUAUAGGACUGGCUAAACCCUUCUCCAAUAGAUACUGAGUUUCUUUCUUCAUUGCAGCUCUUUUAAUAAAGUUAACUCUAUAAGGGUGUUGCUUAAUCGGCUUGGGCCUCCCCUACAUUGAUGUCAUGCUGUAAAACAUUGGUAAGUGUAGGAAUAUCCCCCAGUAUAGAAGAAAACUUGCUAAGGAGCUUAACGAUAUCCUCCCUCUGAUCAGUGUUAAGAUGUGCUAAGAAACUUGACAAAUUGGCUAAAGUUUCAGAAUUAGACAAUCUAGCAGAUAACAAUGGGGUAUCGAACUCCAAUAAGCCUUCCACAUUAUCUCGCUCCUCCACAAAUUAACUCUUGUUACAAGCAACCCCUACUGGACGGACAGAAUCGUCUUCCUUCUCCCUAAGUGACUCCCUGUCAUCUCUGGUAUGGUAAGCUUUUAACAUAUUGAUAUGACAGACCCGUUUAUGACGUCUCCUGUUUGGUGUACGCAAUACAUAAUCUGUCUCUCCCCUCUUCUCCAAGAUUGUAUGUGGUGGAAUCAGAGGGGAGGGAUUAUAGAAGGAAUCGUAGACACAUCUCGCCUGUCCCAGAAACUUUGCCACCACAAAAUGAUGAACACAACGCUGCAGAUCACCCAAAAGUUUGUACACCAAGACAAGACCAAAGUUUCCUUUCAGACCACACAAGUGCACAGGCACCUUUACUGGGACACUGAGCUCAUGGACCGCAGAAGUUAAUGCAGUCAUAUAUUAACGGAGUGAGAGAGCCACACUGACCUGUUUGCCAGAAGGACGUGGACAGAAGACACCCGAAGACAUGUCUGCUUUGAAGAAGACUAACAGACCAUCAUCAGCUGAGGAAGAGACUCGCGUCAAUAAACAGGGGAUGAAUAUGAGCGUGUCCUUCAAGAAGGUUCUGGAUUUGAGUUCUGGAGACUCUCACAACGCUGGAAUGAAGCCAAUAACCUUUGUUAGACAGGUCAUAGCCGGAUGUUUGUAUCCCAGUCUCCUGCAGAGCGACACUCUUCCUCCUGACGCUCGUCUCAGAGCUCAGGUGUUACUCCGUCACUUUGAUGGAGGCAGUAUCGGUUCGUACACUGAGUCCUGUGGAUCGAUGUACGUGAGAAACACUAUAGCAGAGUCCAUUUCUCUGCGGGAUGGAGGCAUCCCAUCCAGUCCAGAGCAAGUCUUCAUCACUGUUGAGACUCAGAGAGGUUUGAUGGUGAUGAUGCGACUGCUGUGUCAGUCAGAGGGCGUGUCUGCGGUUAUGAUCCCAGACCCCGCCCCUCACACUCUGACACGCCUCCUGGAGAGGAUGGCCGUGGUUCCGGUGCCCUAUCGGCUGCAAGAGCAGUGUGGGUGGAGCGUGGAGAGGGCGGAGCUUAACAGAGCCAUCCAGGCGUCGAGAGGGCGGUGCUCUCCACGGGCAAUUUAUAUCAGUAACCCUGGCGACCCUACAGGGCACGUCCAGAGCAGGGAGUCUAUCGAGGAUGUGAUUCGCUUCGCUGCCGAUGAAGAACUUUUCUUGUUGGUCAACGAGGUUUAUCAGAACACGGUUUUUGCGGACGGCUCAGAGUUCGUGUCCUAUAAGCGUGUUCUGGCUGAGAUGGGAGCCCCUUAUUCUGAGAGCGUUCAGCUGGCCUCGCUCCAUUCGCUCUCCAACGGCAUCAUGGGAGAAUGUGGUUUCAGGACGGGUUAUAUGGAGCUGGUGAACGUCGAUCCAGCUGUAAUGUUAUACACUGAGGUUCUUCUGACAGGAGAUUUGUGCCCUCCUGUGAUUGGUCAGAUCGCUCUCGAUGUCAUGGCUGAUCCGCCCCAUCCUGGAGAACCUUCCUACACUUUAUACACAGAGGAGGUGGCAUCUAGGCUAAUGACUCUGAAGUGUAACGUUUCCAGGGCUGUCAAGGUCAUUAAUGAUCUUCCGGGAUUCAGCUGUCUGUCAGUUCAGAGCGGAAUCUUCAUCUAUCCGCACCUGACUUUUCCUCACUCAGCUGUGACAAAUGCACAGUCUGUGGGGUUGUUGUACAGCAGGAGGUUGUUGGAGGAUCAGGGUGUGUGUGUCGGGUUCAGUGAAGAUCACACACAUUCACGGAGCUGCUGCCACUUUAGGUUGUGUGUGCUGAUGCCAUCAGAUGAACUGGAGGAGGCUCUCCGUUGCCUUCAAUGUUUUCACUAUCAGUUCCUCAAAGAAUACUGUGAAAUUACAAUUAGUGCACCAGAACAGAGCAAUUAAAUAACAGUUUAAUUAAUGCACAAAUUUAUAUAAGCUUACAGAUGAAACUAUACUUAAGUCAUUACUAUUAGGCAGUAUAUUUUCAUGUAAAUCGUAUUACUUGAUGAUAUCAUUAUAAAAUAGCAGCAACAUUCUGGGAUAAUUUAUGGUGUUAGUUUGAUAAAAUUAACAUUAAAAAAAAUGACCUCCUCAUGUAACAGUAACUGUCAAUUUUUUUGUCAAGGUUUAAAUGGCCAAUUAUAAUUAAUAAAGUUGAGAAUAUUUCUAAACAUCUGUUAUAGAAAUGCUUCCCUUAAUGGGGUAGUUCACCCAAAAAUGAAAAUCAUCUGUCAUCAUUUACUCACCCUUGUGUCGUUCAAAACUCGUAAGACCUUCAUUCAUCUUCAGAACACAAAUGAAGACCUUUUUGAUGAAAUCUGAGAUUUCUGUCCCUUCCUUUACAGCUAUUCAACUGACACUUUGAGGAUUAAAAAAGUUUAUAAAGAAAUAGUAAAACCAAUCCAUAUGAAUCAAGCGGUUUAGUCCAAAUUUUCUGAAGAGACUCAAUCACUUUAUAUAAUGAAUAGAUUUAAUUUAGGCUUGUACACUGAGAGUGAACAUAGUGAUUAUGAAAGUAAUUUAUGUCCAAAGUUGAAGAUUGUAAAACAAUACCAAAGUUGGUAUUGUUUUAUAUAUUGCUUCCUAUCAAAAUCCAAAACCAAUUACAAUAUUACAAAAGUUAUAUUGUAAUUGGUUGUGAGAGAUAGGAAAUCAUCCAUUUUUUUUAUACCACUUGUCCACCCUGUUAUUACUUAGUUAGUCCACCCUAUUAUUAUUUAGACCACUCUGUUGUUAUUUUGUCCACCCUGUUAUCACUUAGUUAAUCCACCCAGUUAUUACUUAGUCCACUCUAUUAUUUUGUCCACCCUGUUAUUACUUAGUAAACCCAUCCUGUUAUUACAUAGACCACUCUGUUAUUAUUUUGUCCACCCUGUUAUUACUUAGUCCACUCUGUUAUUAUUUUGUCCACCCUGUUAUUACUUAGUCCACUCUGUUAUUAUUUUGUCUGCCUUGUUAUUGCUUAGUUAGUCCACCCUGUUAUUACUUAGACCACUCUGUUAUUAUUUUGUCCACUGUUAUUACUUAGUCCACUCUGUUAAACAGUUUUCUUUACAACAAUUUCAUGAAAAUACCAAAAAUAUACUAAUAAUUCAGUGAGUGUGAAAAUUUAUUGUAGUAUUUAUAAUGUACUACUUUAAAAAGUUAACAAAAAUGUCUUCAAGGCAUUUGUAUCUGAAAACGAAAAAUGUAAAAUGAAGCAUUUGUGAGAAAGUACAAUUCAUACGCACAUAGCCUAAUAUAUAUUUUCUAAUAAUUUACUACUGAUUUAAAAAGGCACAAAGGGACAUGAGUUGUCUAAGAAAAUGUGCAAACUGUUGUUCAUUUGUCCCUAACAGGGUGGACAUUUCUGAUCUACCAUUUCAUUGAUUUUGUUUAAUAAAUGGUUAAAUUUA